AACAUGUCCGUAACGCCAUUCCACUCGUUUGAAAUUCGCCCUGAAGUCGCAACCGCAUUCGCAGCCGCAUUAUCCCUCCGGCGUUAUAGAGGCCUGCCGAACGCUCUUAAUAUAUACCCUUCAGGAGGAUCGCAAAACUCGGCUUCGGAGGACCCAAUCUACACCAUACCUUUACCAUCACGAAGGAGCUGGUUCAUCUCGGGCGACCCUACACUAGAAUUGUACCAUACCGACACACCACGUGAGGUUGAAGCACGCGCCCUGAUCCGGCAGUCAUGGGUAGCACCAUCUAUACGUGGUAUCGGUAGUGUUGUAUUGACAGCGGGGUCUUACAAACUUGGCUUGCCCGAGAAAUACAUGGUCUCGCCAAAUCUCGGGCUUGGGGAGUGGCACGACGAUACUCUUGCACGGCUCAUCGGCAGCAACCCAGCCGAUGUGCUAUGGCAGGCGUCAAGCGUAUCCUGGGAGUAUGCAUUCUCGGGUAGAGUCAUAAGGAAAUUCGAAUGGAAAGGUCGUGGGAAGCCGGUCAACGGAAGCUUGCUGUGUGCUGAUAAAGAAAGACUUAUUGCUAUUUACGCACCACGAAAUAGCAAUAUGAAAAAAGAUGGGGACGAGGACAUGCAGCAAGACGGAGUUGGACACCUUGGAAUAAUGAUAGAGGACGUGACUGAGGAAUUGUUGGAACACUUAAUUUUGGUCAGUGUUGCGAUUGAAGAACAGAUACGAAGUUCGAGCGGAUUUUAG